GCGGAUGACAGGUGGUAAUUCUACAGCUAUGGAGCGAGUAGCUCUAAAUCAGUCGCUGCAAAAACUAAAAAAUGAUAUCCCCAUAAGGGAGCUGACAACUGAUGCAUCAUCAACUAUUAUUAAAGAUAUGAGAAAAAAUCAUCAAGAGAUCAACCAUACUCUAGACAUAUGGCAUAAAUCAAAGAAUCUGAGAAAAGCACUCCUGAAGGUUGGCAAGAAAAGGUCACUUCAUAAAAUAAGGCUAUGGGCUCAUGAAAUAGUCAACCACUUUUGGUUUAUUUGCCAAUCUUGCAAUCCAGGUGGUGACCUUACAGACAUGGAAGCACUGGAAAAGUUGAAAAGUGACUGGCUUGGAGUUCUUCACCACGUAUGCAACGAGCAUGAAUGGGUAGGGGGUGCUUGCAAACAUCAAAUAAUAGAUGAUCAUGAAUUGCCAUGGUUCAAAGAGACAGAUGGUGAUUACAAGGCACUGCAACAAAUUGUUUUGGAUCCAAAAUUUUUGAAUUCAUUACAAUAUUAUACAAGGUUUCGUCACACAGGAAAGCUAGAGUGUAUCAACAACCUAUCUCUUGCUUAUGCAUCCAAACGAAUUGCUUUUGGAUUUGAUGCUUUCAAAGCAAGAAAAUGCCUAGCAGCAAUUGACUGGAACAGUCACUUAAACAGAUCACCAGCUGUAAAUAAGAAAACAGGGAAAUUUCUUGUAACAAGAAAAUACAAUCCAAGAACGAAUAACUGGACAAUCAAGAAGCUGUUUAAUGAAAAGGACUAUCCUUAUGUCCCAAUGAUGAUUGCCAAGAUUCUGAGAAAACGAAUUUCAGAAUAUGGAGAGUUAAAUAAAAAGAUUGUUCUGAAGGAAAGUGACCCAAGAAAGAUUGCUGCCACAAUUGGAAAAUCUCCUCCAGAGCCUACUGCUGAAAUUGCAAAACGAUAUGUUAGCAGGCUUGACUUUGCAAAAAAAUAA